AUGGGGACGCCCAGCACUCAGGGCCAGAGCUGGUCCUGGGUCGCGGCUCCUCCGAGGUCCUAUCCUGGGGUGCGUUCUGUGGCCCGGCGUUUCCAAGCGCCUGGUGCCCGGAGCCCUGCCCAGCGGAAGGGACUGCGGGGCCCGGGAGGCACCCUGUCCUAUGGGCGACCGUUGAAUAAAGCCAUCUCGCUCACUCCAGCCCCCUGGCCUUCGUCCAUGUUGUCCCUCAAGGGGAAUGAGCGGUUGCUACAGAAGCCCAGGAACGGGUCAAGCUCAGGAUCCACCAAGUUUGAGGAGGAAGGGACCCUAAGGGCGGGCGCGCCCGCGGUGGCCGAGGCCGUGGCGCCGGCCUCGCUGGCGCUGCUGGAGCCCGACGUGAGCCCGCCGCCGCCGCCGCCGCCUCCCCGGCAGUCGCCGCCCGACGUGUUCGCCGGCUUCGCGCCCCACCCCGCGGCCCUGGGCCCCCCGACGCUGCUGGCCGAGCAGAUGAGCGUGAUCGGCAGCCGCAAGAAGAGUGUGAACAUGACCGAGUGCGUGCCCGUGCCCAGCUCCGAGCACGUCGCCGAGAUCGUGGGUCGCCAGGGGUGCAAGAUCAAGGCUCUGCGUGCUAAGACAAAUACGUACAUCAAGACGCCGGUGCGCGGGGAGGAGCCGGUGUUUAUCGUGACUGGCCGCAAGGAGGACGUGGAGAUGGCCAAGCGUGAGAUCCUGUCCGCCGCCGAGCACUUCUCCGUGAUCCGCGCCACGCGCAGCAAGGCCGGCGGGCUGCCCGGCGCCGCGCAGGGUCCGCCCAACCUGCCGGGACAGACCACCAUCCAGGUGCGUGUGCCCUACCGCGUGGUGGGGCUGGUGGUGGGGCCCAAGGGCGCCACCAUCAAGCGCAUCCAGCAGCGGACACACACGUACAUCGUGACGCCCGGGCGCGACAAGGAGCCCGUGUUCGCCGUGACGGGCAUGCCCGAGAAUGUGGACCGGGCGCGCGAGGAGAUCGAGGCGCACAUCACGCUGCGCACGGGCUCCUUCACCGACGCGGGCCCCGACAGUGACUUCCAUGCCAACGGCACUGACGUUUGUCUGGACCUGCUCGGAACGGCCGCCGGCCUCUGGGCCAAGGCCCCCAACCCUGGGCGGCGGCCCCCUGCGCCCACAGCAGGCCUCCGCGGGGAUGGGACCCUGGGGGGCCCCGGGGGGCCCGAGGCCUUCUACGCGGGGGGCCGCGGGGGGCCGCCGGUGCCCGAUGCGGGCCCUGCCAGCCCCUACGGAGGCUCGGGCAACGGGGGCUUCACCUUCGGUGGGGAUGGCGCGGGGGCCCCAUCGGGGCCGCCCGCCCCCGAGGACUGUGACUUCGGCUUCGACUUCCUGGCGCUGGACCUGACCGUGCCCGCCGCGGCCACCAUCUGGGCCCCCUUUGAGCGGGCCGCGCCGCUGCCGGCCUUUAGCAGCUGCUCGGCCGUCAACGGGGCCCCCGCGCCACCCGCCCCCGGCGCCCGGCGCAGCAGCGGGGCCGGCACGCCGCGCCACUCGCCCACGCUGCCCGAGCCCGGGGGCCUGGCCCUGGAGCUCCCGCUGGCCCGCCGCGGCGCCGCGGACCCGGUGGGCGCCCUGGCCUGGCGGCCGGCGCAGGGCGCCCUGUCAUCCUUCUCCGGCGGCGCCGGCUUCUCCGCGGCCACCUCGCUGCCCAGCGGUUCCUCGGCCUCUGCGUGUCCCCCCCUGGACUCCAGUGCCUCCGAGGGUGGCCGCAAACCCCCAGCGGCCGCGUCUUCGGCCGCCCCGACCCCCGCUGCCCCCGCCCCGGCUCUGGCGCGGGAGUGCGUGGUGUGCGCGGAGGGCGAGGUGAUGGCUGCGCUCGUGCCCUGCGGCCACAACCUCUUCUGCAUGGACUGCGCCGUCCGCAUCUGCGGCAAGAGCGAGCCCGAGUGCCCGGCCUGCCGCACGCCUGCCACCCAGGCCAUUCAUAUCUUUUCCUAG